AUGGCUCAACUUUGGUGGCUUUGCUUUCUAGGCACCUCCUGGGCACAAAGUCCAGGCUUUGGAGUCUGGCACUUGGUGGAUGUUCUCUCUGUGAUUUGCCCAGGUGGUCCAGGCUAUGCCACCAUAACAAUGUCAAAGCCAACGACGGCGGAGUAUGAACCACACAUUCUGACCAUUUUCCGCACUGCAAAGAAUCCAGUGCAGCUAAAUUUCAUUGCUAGAGAUGCCAGAGGCAUCAUUGCUGAUCAAAGGCAGGGUGUGUCUUUGCAAGGCCAUGCACGCCGUGCGCGUCGAUUGGCGGAAGAGGUGCCAAGCGCUGUGCCAAACGCUGACUCCGCCAACCGCUCAACGGAUGGCCCCGCGGAUCACUCCACAGAGUUCUGCGAUGAGGACUGCCAGAGCCGACAGCUUUUUUCAAUGAGACGGCGCACAGCGAGCAGUGUGAGAAGACGAGGGACUGGGAUCAAGCCAGUGAACAUCAAUCCCAUGUCAUGGUUUACUCCUCGGAGAAGACGAGCCGCAGCAGCAGCAGCAGGUUAUGGUACAGCAGGGGCUGUAGCUGGUGCGACAGCUGGCGCUGCAGGUGCUUCUCGUCGGAGAGGCUCUUAUUCGCCUGCCCCUAGCCUCUAUGCGUCAGUGACAAGUCCAUAUGGCACCAGUUCAAGUUUUCAUCGACGCCGUUCAUACUCACAGGCAGGAUAUGGAGGUUCGUACCACAAUCCGUACACUUCCUACCUGGGUCCUUAUGGCUAUCCCAGCUCUAGCUAUGCAUCUCAGAUGUUUGGAGGCCACAUGCCGAUGGCCACUCCAUAUGGCUAUUCAGGAGCCAGUGCCUACUCAAGCAGUAGCGGUCUUCCCAUUGCACUAGCCGCCGGAGCUGGACUGCUGGCUGGCUAUGGUGGCAGCCACCUCUUACAUCACCACCACCACUGGUAUGGCUACAGCCAAGACGAUAUGUACAAUAUGCAAUGCACAUCUGGAACUUGGAGCGGGGCCUGCCGUUCCUGUGUUUCGAGCUACGGGGCCCAGAGAUGCAACGUGAUGGUCUCGCCCAACUUUGAUGCUGCUCGGGAUGAUCUCAUGUCCACAGGUUUUAUCCCAUCACAAGUCUCAUGGCCUUUGGUAAUCAAUGUGACCCAUAUCUCUGGAACAGACUUUGACCCAUCUACCAUAUGCCCGCCUCAAGAUGCUGCUCAGCAAGCUGCGUGGAAAGCGCCUCCAAUGAAGCAGGUCUUCUUCACACUUUCCGCGCUUCCUGGACGAAGUCCUGACAUGCUUGGCAAUAGCCAUGGCUACGGCUAUGGUCCAGGCAGCUAUGGCAGCUCCGGCUACAGCACAGGGUCUUCAGCGCAAUCGGUUUCUCCUGCCUUAGGAUUUGCCGAGUUUGUGAUCCAGAAGCCGGCAGGCGCAGACAAUGCGCCCCAUGUCUUCACGAUUUUCCGCACGACCAACAAUGCGAUGACGAUUAGUUUUAUGGCUCGUGGAUCGGCUGGUCGAACGAUUGCUGACCAGUCAGCAGGAAUAAACCUGCAGCCUGUGAGCCCAGGUCAAUAUGGCAGAAGACUUGCCAAUGGGACCAUGCCCACAAGAAAAAGCAAGGGAUCAAUGGCCAAGGGCACCGUGGAAAGCCAGGAAUUCUUGUCGAAACCUCGAAGGCUCUCGAGCCGUCGGCGCUCAUCUUGGUCCUCAUCUUCUUCAUCCAGGAGGCGAUCCUACACGGAUUCCAGGAGACGCACCAGUGUCACGUCCUCACCCAGGCGACGUGCCGCCACCCUCUCGGACAGGAGGCGGAGCACGGUGGAUGAGUCUCGCAGACGCAUGACACCGGUCAUCACCGAUGCCUUUCGGAGAAGGAGUCCCUCGUUCUCCUCCUCUCGCCGCCGGAGCACCUUUACUAGCCAGGGUUUCAGCAACCCCGCUCAUCCAAACUUUGGGCAAUAUGGCUACGUGAACCAGAACUAUGCUUAUCAGAACUACGGCGGCCACAUGCCAAUGACCACACCAUAUGGCUAUUCUGGAGCAAAUGCUUAUCAAGGUAGCAGCGGCAGUGGCAUGAAGAUCGCUUUGGCUGGAGGUGCCGGCUUGCUGGCCGGCAUUGCUGCCAACCGAAUGAUGCAUCAUUGGGGUGGUUAUAGCCGGGAUCAAAUCAUGAACUCCCAGUGUUCUUCAGGCCACUGGCAAGGGACCUGUAGCUCUUGUGUUUCGCAGUACGGAGCCAACAGCUGCAAUGCAAUGCUACAACCCCAUUUCAACGCAGCACGAGAUGAUCUCAUGAACACCGGCUUCAUUCCGUCACAAGUCAUGUUCCCUUUGCAUGUGCGGGUCACUCAUGUGGCCGGGCCUGAGUUCAACCCGAUGCUGAUUUGCAACCCGCCGGCCCCAGGAAUGGCAAGUCCUCCCGUACCUCAAGUCUUUUUCGCAUUGACUGCGUUGCAGACAUACUCGGGCAGCCAGGGCAACCAGCCCUAUGCAGAUUACUCGCAGUAUGGCGGGUACAGCCCUGGUUAUGACCAGCAAACCAACAGAGGAAGCGUUAUCGGAUCGCUGGCAUCCACCUUGCUGCUGUGCUGCUGCUGUUGUGGCAUUGGAGCAUUCUGCUGCAUCAAAAAGGGCAAACUGGGAGGGGAUUCUUCAUCAGAUCCUCUUCUCAACUUGCGGCAUUUGAAGAAAGACAUGACAUGA